CUAAGUAGAGGAGCAACAUUUUGAAGUUCCAGCCAUCCAAGAGUGAAGUUUGGUGUUGUUUGCUUUUGAUUUUCAAGUCUUAUGUCUAAUAUAUUUUCUUGCUGCACUCGAUAUGAUGAGUGUAUUUGAACGGUUUAAAUUGUAAUUUGUGGCCGCAUCUAUUGACUUGUGCGCCUUUCGAAUCCAAUGCGUUGGAUACGUACGAACAAUACUGGCCACUAAGAGCAAAUCCGGCAUUUGACUAAUAUAUAUCCUUGCCCUAACGGUAAGUAUUAUAUGCGUUCGCGCAUGCGAAGAUACCUUAAACCCAAUGCUGAGACAGUAAAAAGACUCACCUAAAAUAUUUCAGCAACUCACCACCUGGCGGAUCGCCGCCAGAAAGCCAUGGCGGCUAGCAUAGCCCCCUAGUCCUAUCCCCAAGGAUUUCGACGCUAGGCGUCUGCAGCUCCUCGGAGCUAUUGUACAGCUCCAGUUAGCGACACGAGCUAUUAUUUCCUCAUUCUGGAUGUGGUAGAAAGUGAUGCUGCGUAGUGAGGUUGAGAAUUGUAGGCGUCAUGCUUUCUUUCACUGCCAACUUGAGCACAGCAUUGUAGUGCUGUGGAAUAAUCCAAAAGGCGAAAAUACUUUCUCAGAGAUCGUUUCUUCAGCAAGCAAAUCUAACAGUGUAAAGAAAUCCAGUGCUGACAACAUCGCAACAGCGCAUAAUCCGCAUGUCGCAUACGUCCGGGAUGAUACCUGGUAUCUCAUAUGCCUGCCAUAUGGAACCUCGCUUGAUGUUGUUAGUAGAAAAGCGCUCAUAUCUCAGCGAAUCGCAGAAAACGAUUGGCAAAAGCAAGCAGCUCUAAGGAAUGGGCCAAUAGUUUGCUUAGAAUAUGGCGUCGCUCCGAUCCCGGCCGCACUAUGCGUUUGCGCGGAAUUACGAUUCGCUUGGUCCGUUCUCUCAAAGGAACAUGAUGACACGAUCGCACAUGGGUGUGCAAUUCUCCAUGCGCAAUACGAUGCGAAUCCUUAUUGUGCGAUGCGUAGUCAAUGACAGUCCAC